CGGAAUCUCUCCACGGAGACCGCUGCCCUAAUUUAAGCCUGUAUGCGUGCGCGCGGGGACAUUCUACAGCAGUAGUACUCUGCGCUACCCCUCAGAUGAAACAGAGCGAGUCCUUCCUCCCGGUGUUCUGUCAGAAGGGACGGGGAGAUUAUAAACUAGAGACCGCAGCUCAGCUACAACCAUCCUAGUCUAAAUAAUCCCCCCUGAACAGUCGUCGAUGUGGGAUCAGUGUUUCAUUUUCCUUAAACAGCAAGCAGACUUUCCCGCUCAGCGGCGAAAGGCUCUCCGGCGGACAGAAGCCGUGCGCUGACAGCCUGCCGCGCUGAGCUGCACUGCAGAAGAGCCCAAUCGUGGGCUGUUGCAUAAUCCUUCUCUGGGCCCCGCUGCUAUUUUUGUUCCUGGAUACGCGUCUCUGUGAGGUAUUUUCUGUGGUGACUCACUUACAUCAGUGGGUCUUGUGCUGUGCGCGCAGACGGCAAGACAUUCUCUUCACCACGAUCGUUUGGCUUUUUCCCCUUGACCCUGGCGAGAGGUCAGCCGUGUCUACAGGGUGAUAAGGAAUAUAGCGGAAAUCUGGCCAGAUGUGCUGAAUUGGAGGCUGUCUGACUGGCAGCCAGCCAGUUCAAGAGGCGCACCUGACCCCCAUGACUCACCGGUUACCAACACUUUCCUCUUCAUGAGCAGUUCCUUCCCGGUGUUCCGUUCGGGUCCCACACUAGGCUAUAUCAGCUCAUAGUGGGCCACAGAAGAGGACACGGAGAAGAGGACCUAUUCCUACUCCAUAUUAAAAAAAAAUGCCAAACCCUGAAAAUAGCUAAUACCUUUCAGCUCAAUUUUGGCAGCAUUACUGGACAAAAAUGCUGUUAUACUGAGUACACUGGAGAAGAAGUAAUCAAGUAAACAAUAAAAAGGCACAUCCUUCAACCAGGCUGAAUGUGAUGGUCGGAUUUUAGGGGGAGAUUGUUCUUACAUCUCCUUAACCAGAGACAGUGCUUAAGCAAUGUAAAGGACACAGCCUUAACUUAUCAGACGGAAACUGGCACUGAUGUCAUGGAGUCACUUGAGGGCACUGAUAGCUUGAGGUGCUCAAAGGAGACUGCAGAGCAGAACCCCCAAGCCUCAUUUGGAAGCAGAACUCACACCAGUGUAAAUGUAAAAGAAAAGACUCUUCAAUGUGAGGCAGUACAGGGGGGCAGCAUUGUCAAAGGCUCACAGGACACGCCUACCUCUGGAACUUCACCACCACUAGAAAUCCAGCAGUUGCAGGUUCCCAACACUAGUGGCCACUAUCACCCUUCAUCAUCACCCAACACUGGUGACAGUAGUGAUACAGCCUCUUGUGGGGCAACACAGCCAUGGCCUUUUGUGAGACAGACUCAGCCAUUUGCUUCAAGGAACCUCAUGGCUUCUCAACCCGGCGAACAGAAUCGAGUCCAUUUCAGAAAGAAGAUGGCAACUUUCUCAGCCACAUCAAGGCAGCUCUAUCAACUGGGAAUUGGUCAGCUAGCAGAGGGGCUGAACAAAAGGGAGCAAAAACCUGGAAAGAAGCCUGGAAAGUACAUCUGCCACUACUGUGGGAGAGCUUGCGCCAAGCCUAGUGUCCUGAAAAAGCACAUCCGUUCUCACACCGGUGAGAGACCCUACCCAUGUGUCCCAUGUGGGUUCUCCUUUAAGACAAAGAGCAAUUUGUACAAACACAGAAAGUCUCACACACAUGCCGUUAAAGCUGGCUUGCUGGCAUUGUCAGAGAAAGACAUUCAUCCCUCCAGUGUGGAUCAAGAGCUCCUGACAGUGGAAGGGGAGAUGCAGUCGGAUGCUGAACAAACUACAGACACAGACGAGGAAGGCUCUGAAGAUUUGUUUCUGGACUGUGUUAGCUCGUUUGAGGGCUCUGAAGGGAAGUGGACAAAUGAGUCACCUGGCAUACCGUCUGUAAAGGUGACCACGCCAAGUGCCACAAGAAAAGAAAUCAUGUCAGCGUCAGGAAAGGUUUCUCUGUCCCGGUUCAGGGAAAUGAGAGCUUCUCCAUCUAUAACUGAGGUUGAGCAGGCCGUGGAGUCCUGCACCAUCAAACAGAAACUUGCACUCCGUCUUUCAGAGAAAAGGAGCCAAGAGUCUGAGCAUUCUCUGUCCCUCCCCAGCUCCAGUAGUAAGGGGAGCACGGACUCUGGCUAUUUCUCUCGCUCAGACAGUGCAGAGCAGCAAGUCAGUCCACCAUGCACAAAUGUCAAAUCAUACCAAGAGAUAAUGUUUGGGAAGUGUUAUCGACCUUCUCCCAAACCAAGACAAUCAAUCACAGUUCAAACCUGCAUGACUGACACAAAUGACAACAGAACAAGUUUCAUGGUCAAGCCAGGCAAGAGUAAGAUAUCAGAGGAGGGCAUCCAUAUAUCCACAUACAAGAAGGACUUGGCUGGAUUAAUCAAAUUGGAGUCAAAUUGGACUCAUGAAGGUCAUGAAUCUCCCAAAUCAGAUCAAAUGACCACAUCCUAUCAGCUUGAAGCUCCUUCAGAUACUGCAUCCCUUAUACGGAGCAACUCCCUGCCAACGUCAACAGCAACAGAUCUCAGUAUUCCACCAGGACUUCGAAGCAGUAAUUCUUUCGAUGAAAGAAUGACAUCUGAUGAUGGAAUGUAUCCUGGCCAAGGAGGGAUGAGGAGGCUUAUGAGGCAAGCAGCCUUCGAGCUACCCUCACAUGAGAGCCAUGUGGACAGCACAAAAGCAGGGACAGAAAUUUCACCUGAAGCUGAGUAUUUCUUCACGCAUCAUGGCUAUGUAACAGACCCUGCCACAAGAAAACGCAGAAAGCAAAAGGGUGUCAUGGAAGAGGAGGAUUCUUCAAGCCAAUUUGUCAAAUCUGUAGAAAUGGUUGACCUUUCAGCAGAAUGUGAAUCAAAGCAGAAUGUGAGUCAAAGCAAUGUUAUCUCCGUAAUUCAGCACACAAACUCUGCCAGCAGAUUGGGCUCCACAGAAAGACAUAGUGAGAGUGAGUCUCAGCUCCGGGACAAACAAAGUCCUCAAACGAUGGCAGAACAAAGUGAUACAAAACCUAUCAAGAGAGAGACACAGAUGAAUGUUCUCCUAAGGUCUGAAGUUGUAAAUCAAUUCAAGGACAUUAGGUCAGUAUCACAACCAGGUUCUGAAUCACGCAAAUUAACUGGUCAACCUAGUAUCCAGGUUCCUGAAAUUAGGGUGACAGAAGAACCAGAUAGAGCUUCAAAACCUGCUGAGGUCCAGGUCAAGCAUCGUGAAAAGCCUGUAGAGGAGUUCCAGUGGCCACAAAGAAGUGAAACCUUGUCUCAGUUUCCAGUUGAGAAACUACCACCCAAAAAGAAAAGAAUAAGAUUAGCAGAUCUUGAGUAUUCUUCAGGUGACUCAAGUUUUGAGUCUGCCUGUACAAGUCUCUCCAGGAGUCCAAGUCAAGACAGCAACUUGUCUCACAGCUCAAGCUUCUCUUUGUCUCUUGAAAGAGACGAGACCCUUGUUUCAGCACCUGUUACUAAAUUAGAUGAGUAUGGCAAACCUUUGGAGUUGUUGUCGGUGCCAGGGAGUGGACACACUCUCUCUAUACCCAGAGAUAAUCGGCAGAAGGAGAUGAGGCGAUCUGCUUCAGAGCAGGCUCCAUUCAUCUCGGCAGCUGAACUCCCAGAUUUGCGGAGUAAAUCAUUUGACUAUGGAAGUCUCUCCACAUCAUCCAGGUCCAGACAGGGUGAGGCCUAUGCCAGUGCAGGAGGGGUAAAACAACGCAGAAGAGGUUACCUGGUGAGACAGGCAUCAUUAAGUGUUGACCCAGAGACAUCAACACAAGAGAAAUGUGUUGAUAUUUCUGCCAAACAAGACUCAGAGUCCAUGUACCAUAAUUCGACUUCUGUGUCAGACUCCUCUGUAACUAGAUUAAGUAAGAUCACCACAGACAUAGAACACCCAGGCUAUAUUCAAGCUAGCAGCCCAGAAGGAGCAGUUGAGAUGCAGACAGGGGUACCAUCCCCCCAUAAGCAAAUCUUACAUGGCCAUGAGACUGUACCAUACUCUAUGAUUCCAAGAAAUUUGGCCUCAUUCCUGCCAGUGACGUCAGGGCACUUCUGGAAACCUGAUCCCCCCCACGUUCUUCCUUGGCAUCAAUUACAAGAUCUUCAAACCAGACAACUUCACCUGCAGUCAAAAGAGAGUGUUUAUUUGCAAGCUAAAGCUCAAAUGGACUCAAAGUCCCCAACAGAAGAUUUGUCUAAGGAUCUAAAGAGGGUUUCUUCAACCACUCCUGUACCUUCAGAGUCACACCUAGCAUCUGUACCUCCAAACCUUCAAUCCCUCCAGUCACCUUCUGCCUCGUUGGUUCCUGUGAGAAUACAAAUGCAGGUGCCAUCCCACGGCAGCAUUACAUACUCCAGUUUGUCUCAGAUUUUUGACAGCCAAACAAGGAGUAUUUGCUCCACUCCAGUGUUUUGUGGCUCUACCUCUCAGGGCUCUUUAGCCAGUAUUGCUAUGAUGCAAGGGAUUGGGUUUGACAUAACUCAGGUCUCUGGACAACCUAGCAGACUUCUGUACAACCCGGAGCUAUCUCCAGCCAGACUUAAGACAGGCAUACCUCUGUCCUUGACCUCCAAAACUAUCUCAACCACAGAGGCUCCCAGUGGUGGAAGAGUGAAACGGAUGCUUUCUCCUGCCAGCAGUAUGGACCUCUUUGUGGAGUCAAAGCAGCAGAAACGAGUCAAGGAGGAGAAGAUGUAUGGUCAAAUUGUAGCAGAGCUGAGUGCUGUGGAGCUAGGAAAUCCUGACAUGUCACAUCAUAAGGACAUUAAGGAGGAGAUAACACAAAGGGGAAUAUCUCCAUCUUUGUCAGAUAUUUCAAGCUGUUCUAUGUCUGAUGUACAAUCCCACCUGCAAGACAAGCUCAUGGUAUCACCACACAAGCUUCGCUAUCCAUCUGAUGGUGGACCAGAGUCUCCUCAAAAUAUAGAUGUUGAUGAACCUGAACAUGAUUCUAGACCUAUGUCUGAUCCAACACACUCUCUGAGUUUGAGCCAGGAGGUCAGAGAUAUGCAGAAACUGAUUGCCAGUCAUGGAUUUGGUGCUGCUAUGCUACUUUCUGAUUUUGCCAACGCGCAACUCUUCUCAAAGUUUCCAAGUCUUCACACAACAACAUGUGUGAGUUGGUGCUACCUCCAUUCUACCAAGCCAAACUGUGCCCUGGCUGCUCCACUGUUUUCAGUAUAUGCCACAUGGUGCGUUAGAUCCACUGACCCAAACCCACCCAAUCUGGCAACCAAAACAUCUUUGGCUCUUCUUCGCACCAAGCAGAAAAAGCACUCAGACAUUUACACCAUCGCAGCGAUGUAUCAACCUGGAAUACUUGUUUCUUCUCUCCUCUGGAAGCAGAGGUUUGGAGAGUUACCGAGAAAGCCAGACGCCAGAGAGGACGAAAUGAUGACGUAUAAACGAGCUGUGAAGGGCAUCAGAUGUGGUAAUAAAAAUGUGACUGAGGAUCAAAAGGAGAUGGAGACAUCACCAAAACAAUCAGAACCAACCCGUAUCAAAAUAUUUGAGGGAGGUUUUAAGUCCACUGAAGACUAUGUGUAUGUGCGAGGUCGUGGCCGGGGAAAGUAUAUCUGUGAGGAGUGUGGAAUUCGCUGUAAGAAACCCAGCAUGCUGAAGAAACACAUUCGUACUCACACAGACAUCAGACCCUAUGAGUGCAAAUCCUGUCAUUUCGCCUUUAAAACUAAAGGAAACCUCACCAAACACAUGAAGUCCAAAGCACAUAUGAAGAAAUGUCUGGAGCUUGGGGUAUCCUUCACAUCAGUAGACAGUGUAGAUGACACUGACAUUACAGAGGACAUCUUGAGGGGAACAGGAAAAACAAGGUCAUUGGGCGCUUCAAUCAAGCAUCAGUUCUCCGAUGUAGAUGACUCUGAUGGUGCUGAUGAUGAUGGAGAUGAGGUGGACGAAGACGAGGAUGAUGACGACGACGAAGACGGUUCCACUCCGAGGACUCGUUCAAGAAGCACCAGCCCCUUGCCGUGCGCCAUCAACUCCCCGCAUCUUCCCAGCUACCUCUCCCAGCUCCCCAACAUCCAGGUUCACCCCACAGCCUCCAGCAGGGAGAGAGACACCCAGAUCCGACACCAAGGGGAGGCCAGCUCAUGCCUAGCAAGCAGCGAGCUGCAGUCUCACUUGAGUGAGCUGAGGCCUGGAGAUGACGACAGUGUAGCAAUGUCUUUCCGACAUGCCUCCACAUCCUUCCACUCCAGCACCUCAUAUCUCCUGUCAUUACCCCGAGACCCAUCUCUGAUGGCCCAGUGGAGCCCGUCUGUGACACCUCACCGGAGCCCCUCUCCCAGAGGAAGGGGUGACUGUUCGCCACAAGGAGGCCUGUCGCCGAGGGGGGAUUCAGUGUCAUUAAGGGCUGUUUCCCCCAAAAGAGACCUCUGCUUCGGGAGGGACGCAUCGCCACUCCAACACCUCUCUGCUGGACCGCUGUGUAGGGCCCUGUCCCCGGGGCAUGAAGCAGGGGUGAGGCGUGAGCUGUCCCCCCGGGGACGUCAGCGGGGCAUGCUCAGGGCCGUGUCCCCACGCCGGGGAACCCAGCAUAACAGGGCGCCAUGGGAACAGGGAAGAGGCGCGAGACUGGACACAAGCCCUCACAGACGGUCUGCUACACUGCCUUCACAUGCUGGCAUGGAGGCACAUAAACACAACACUCUACAGACCCUACACCUCCUCAGUGGAGACGUAACCAUCAGAGGUCAGCUAUCAGGUGGUCACGCUGAUUUAUUCAGCCACCUACCUCUGCACUCCCAGCAACAGGCCCGGCCUCUGCCCCUGAUGCCUGUAGGGGGCAUUCAGAUGCUGCCUGCCCAAGCCCCUGCUGCUGUGAUGCCUCAACCCUCGGGCUCCUCCCAACAAAGCGGUCCGGUGGAGGAGAGCGGAGCCAGUCCGCCAGGUGCCCUAACAAAGGACCGAGGACUGGAGCCUCCGGCCCAGCAGGGGGCAACAGCCCUCAGCCCUCAGGACUCCGACUGGAGAGAGGCUGCCCCGAGUAGCAGUGAGGCCCAAUCAGAGGAGAGUGUCCAAACCUGCACUGAAGCCAUCGCCUCUCUCAGGAUCACUGCAGGGGAGAAGUCUGCUCAGAGCUGAGCUGCACUGCUGUCACACAGAACAAUCAGAAGGGAGGUAGAGACAGGGAAAGAGGGGAAAGGAAUUUUGAACAAAAUGAAGGGAUAUAUAGACAGGUAGAUAGAUGGAAGGGAAUAGGGAGAAAGGGAGUGGGAAAGAGUGGAAUAAUUUCUUUGAUGGAAUCUUAGGUGCAAUAUGUGGCAAAAAGAAAAAAAAAAUACUUAUGCAAACUACCUUGCUUUUUCUUGCACAUAAUUCAUACAACACAUGCAGUCAUACUCACUUACAGUACAUACACACAUUAACACUCAUACCUACAUUUGAUAAAUCUGUUUGUAAGUCAUUUCAUUGUUGAAAGGCAAUGGCAAUAUUGGGAUUUAAUCAAUUUAAAAGUCCCUACCAGGAGAAAAGGUCCGUAGGUUACUUAAAUCAUAUAAUGUUAGAUUGGAUUCAGUUUUGGUAAAAUUUACAAGAAUGACUGAUGUUUGUGCCUUUGCUAUACUGUUUGCCCUAUACUGUUUAGGGGAAGCGUACCUAUUGAGCACCCAUUAUAUUCCUAACAUAGCUUGGUCAAAAUGGUUCAUCUGAAAAAUAUACCAUUAAAUAACAGUUUUCACUAUUAUAAAUAAAAUGUCUUAGAAAUCCGUGAAGAGGUGGGACUGGGAUGACUGACUUUGGUAUCUUCAAGUCCAACAGUGUCUAUUACCUUUUACAUCCACUACAUUAUUGUUGCCAUCACACUUGUGGGUAGACAGAUUUCUAUCAAUAAUACAGACUCACAAGUAGUCAGGAAUACAAUCUUGAAUAUACGAUUUUAGAAUUUACAGCAUUUAUUUUCAUUUUAAUUAAAAAUCAGUGUGUCGUUGGGUCUGUGGGCUUAAUCAGUAUGCUUCCCCUACAUCAGAGUAUUAAAAAAGAAAUGGUUGUAUACUGUAUUGUGUUGAUGCACUUGAUUAGAAUAGCUUGAGUCUGAGAGACAUGAGGUCUUAAUGCAACUCUGUUUGCACUGGUAGCAUUUUUAAAGAUUUAAGUGAUACAGCUACUAUUGCGGAUUGCUACGUGAUGCAGUUCUUGUUUCAUACUUUACGCUGUACUUUUUCUCAGUGUUGUGCAAGACCCUUUAUUCAAAACUUUAAGUAGGAAAGGAAUCUACAGUAUUUGAGUUUAUUGCUUGGUCUAAAAAAGCAGAUAUUGUAACAUUAUGACAAUGCUUUAUGAAUGAGUUUUUUAUAUCAAUCAACCAGUAUAAUGCUGCUGUUGGUAUUUAUAUUUUGUGUAGCCAGCUUUCAGACUGGGACUUUGAGGGUGAAGUAACCAGCUAAUAUCACACAACUGUCUGAGUGAGAGUUCUAGACCGUUGAUUUAUUUCUUGACUUUUUCAAAUUGAAAGAUGGUGGUCAGUGUCUCUACGCUCAGCUGACCUCAGUCCCUACUGCAACUGGACACACAAGUAGCCAACACCUACCUGAGCAUUACAUCUCUAUGGAAACGGUGUUGUCAUACCUGAUUCAAAUACAUAUAUAACUAUAACAAACAGUAUCUCACAAAAUGAACAUGCAUAAGGUUUUACAGUUGACUAUUCAAAUAUACUACAUGUAUAUGACAUAUGGUCAUAAUAUAGCUCUAAAUUAUUCUCGAUGAAUACUUCAUAAACAACUCAGAUAUGUGUUUUGUAUACGUGUGAUGCUGGGGAAUUUCAUUUAUCAAGGGAUUAACUAAGCACUUUCUCUAUUUUUAUCACUCCUUAAUCACUAAACUGGAUUCUUAGAGUUUAGAGUCAUAUUUCUUAAAUCACUGAAAAUCAUGGAAUUUUAUGAUAUUUAACAUUCCAGUUAGUGUUCAUGUGACAUCCCUUUUGUAUACAUAUGAUGUGGUCUUGAGAUGAUGCAAUCUUCAUGCUUAUGUCAGCUGAUAACUGUACUGUAUUUAUUUGUUUGUUGUCAAGUUUGACACAAGGUACAAGGUGAAAUUACAUAUUUAAUUCCAGGGGGGAAUGUUUUUUAUUGUGAUCUCUUAUAUCCAACUUAAUUAUACAUGUACUGUAAUAAACUGUACUCAUUAAUUGUAUAUGUAUGUAUACAUAUAUAUUUUGGAUGUAUGCAACUUGAUUGUUCAUAAUAUUUGCAUCAUUGUAUUUAAUUAACCGUGUCCUUUUAUUCAACACAUUAAAAAAACACAUGCAUUUAUUCAA